CACGCGAAAUUUGUCAAUAACAAAUAAACAUGCCGCUGGAGCCCCAACGCUACAAAUAUUACAAAACACAACUGAGCGAUAUAUUGCAGAGCGCAACAGCUCUCAUUCGCACCUGCUACGACGCAUUAAGCUGCCAAGCACCACAGCUCUCUGUACAAGCGAAUCGCAUUUGGGAGCUCAGUCAACGACUACGUUUAGUCUCUGGAAUCAACGAAGCGGCUGCUGCUACACUGCUCUCAGCUUGCCAUGACGCAUAUCGACCCAUUUACCAGUUCAUAGAUCAGCAGCAGAAAACUGUGGCUGAGGUUGCUGUCCUUGUGGCAGAUUUUGACCGAGAACGCCAGGCUCUGACAGAAGAGCUGGGACAGGUGGAAGAGCUGAGACGGUGUACACUUGCCGAAUGGAGCUCUUGGCUAGCACAAGCGCUUAGCGUGCUGCAAACCCAAACCAAGUUUUUGGAGCUGAAUUCACGUUUCCUUCUGCCUACGCUAGUGCAGAGCUCAACAAUCAAACAGUUCACACAAGAUUUGGAGCUUGCAACGCAUUACAAGGCUAAAAUUGUCAUGGGGUUAGCACAAGCCGUGCGCCGACCAGAGCUAUUGCCUUUGAGUUUGGCAACCUGAUUGGCUUCAUCCAAAUACACCAAAUAAGUUAUUAAAAUAAAAAUCGAUUUAUUUGUUUAAGGCUGUCAUCUGCAA